UCCUUAGUUGAUGAAUCUUCGAGGCAGCACUAAAUGUUCCGACAUCCGAACAGCAUUAGUUCACCAGCACUUUUCUGAAAGUGAGAUCAAACUGGCUUUAAUCAGAUAUAUCUAUUCCUGUGUGGCAAACUCUGUUUAUCUACUAGUUAUAUUAUGCUAAAUGGAUUACUGGCUAGCCUACAGUGUGAUGAUUAUGUGCAGUUAAAAUGCUCGGCUUAAAGGCUUACCCCGGCACUAAAAAAAAAUAUGGAUUUCAUGUGACAAGUAACCAUCAGCCAGGCUAGCUAGAUUCUUUCUUACACUGGUGAUGUUGCCAUUAAAUUUCUUAUGUCCAAAACUGCAUCAUGUGCACACAGUAGAAAACGUAGCUUACAAGAGUUAACAAAAGGAUCUAAAAUUGCAAAUGUUUGCUCACUGAGGCAGCAAGGGAAGUAACUCUGUAUGGCCAAACGGAAGUGACCGACAAAAUGGAUGCCGGCAACGAUGUGCGCGGAAAUUUCGAAGUGAAAGAUGGAGCGUGUGAACCACCUCGGAAGAUCGCUAAGCUGGACAUCUCGGGAGACAACGAAGCCGACAAAGAAUCUGAGGUUUCACCGAGGUGCACGUUUGAAGGAUUCAAAAUAGAUAAAGUUCUGAAUGAUAAUCCACAGAACAAAAUUCUGUUCUUACAGGGUCGGUUUGAUGGCAGUGAAAACAAAGCCGUGGUGUUGUUGGAAAAGACACCAUUCUGUACAGAUAAUGCUAAUCAUUUGCUGUGUAAAGACACUAAUUUGAAGGAAACGCUACAGAAUGACAUAUAUCACACUUAUGACGUCUAUCCGGAUCCAAAAUUAAACGCAUUAAAGGCAACAGUGAUCUACCCUGCCACAGAUAAACAUGUACAGAAGUACAUAGCUCAGGAUGUUCAUUUGGUUGAGGAGACAGCUGAAGACUAUGAAAAGAUCACUCUGCCAUACCUAAACCAAUCACAGUUUAGUGUACAGUGGGUGUAUAACAUUCUGGAGAAGAAGAAGGAAUCUGAGAGGAUCUUGUAUGAGGACUGCGAUCCAGAGACAGGCUUUAUUCUUAUACCUGACAUGAAAUGGGACCUUAAGGAUACAAGUCGGUUAUAUCUGUCCGCGAUUGUGCAGCAUCGUGCCUUAAAGUCUCUGCGGGAUCUUGGCCCAGAGCAUUUGCCUCUCUUGAAGAAUAUUUUGAUGAGCGGACAGAAAGCAAUCCAGGAUAAAUAUGGAGUUCCACCAAGCAAACUGAGGAUAUACUUCCACUACCAGCCUUCUUACUACCAUUUGCAUGUACAUUUUACCCAUGUAAAACUGGAAGCACCUGGCUCAGGUGUUGAGCGGGCACAUCUUCUUACAGAUGUUAUCAAUAAUAUUAAGCUGCUACCUGAUUACUACAAACUUAAACCACUUAUGUUUACUGUAAAAGAGAAUGAUCCUCUGUACAACAGAUUUAAAGAAGCAGGAAAGCUUUGAUUCUGGAUAAGAGGUAAUCUUAUUACCCUAAUUAUAUUGCGUACAAGAAUUUGCGAAGUAUAAAUACCCUAUUUCUGCUAAAAUUUGGGACGCACAUUUUAGCUAAUAUAUAUGUAAUUCUAGCAGGAAUAUAUUUCUUUUUUCUCACAUGGUUAGACCUAAUGAACAACAAACUCAUAUCUUUACUUUUCAAAAAGGCUGGUAAAGAAAUGUAAUAUUCUGCUUUCAACAGUACUAAUAUUUGUCCCGAAUUUUAGAAGAAUUGGGGUAGUUCCUGUUAGCCUCACUCUAUGGAUAAUGUGUCACACAUGUUUUGGAUACAGAAGGUCAGUAAUGGGUAUGGAGAUUUUUAACAAACUUUAUGUAUGUUUAAGUAUGAAAGUGAAUGAUGGUUCAGAUUAUUGAAUACACUGGUUGUAUAGGUCGCUCUACAUCUUACAUCUUCACAGCUCAUGUUUAAUGUGAAGAUGAUUAUAAAUUUGAUAACAGUGCUUUUUAAUUAAGAUUGAACAUUGAUCUAGAUGAGUCUUGAACAAUGGUUAAUACGUGUCACAGAACUCCAAAGUCAACAAAUACUGGUAUAAGCCCAGGAAAUCACAUAAAAGGAUAUGACAUGGCGAAUCAGUUUUUUUGAGGGGGGGGGGUGUUGUGUUUUUGUUUCUUAUUUUAAGAAAGGAUGAAUGAUUUCUUUCGUGAAAGUUAUAUAUUGCACCCCUGCCCCACGAAAUAAAACUACCGUAAUAAAGAUAGAUUGUUCUCUUUGGGAUAUUCGUCUUCAUUAAAUCAACCCAGACAUUACGUAUAUCGAUGCGAAGGGUCUGACUUUAUAAACUGAAGGUGGUGCACACUCAAUGAAAAUACAUAUGUCUGGAUAUUCACAUUUCACUCCUGUUUGUGGAUGUUAUAUUUUGUUAUUCUAGAAGGUAGAUGCCAUAGAGUAUUGUGUUGUAUUGAAGAUCAAAAGUUGAACCAGGUGCACAAUGUCUCUUCAGGAGCUGAGGAGCGUGACAUCCUCAGAUAAUAUCCGAAACGUUUAUUUAUCACAUGGUCA